UUGCGUGUCGGAGAAUCCCGUCCCAGGAUUAUUUUAGAUGGCGACAAAAUGUAAACUGCUACUUUUGGGUUCUCCCAACUACUCUUCUUGGUUUUCUGUACUUUCAAAACCAUUCAUUUUGAUUUUCUUGUUCCAACUACAAUUUUAAAGUACAAAUAGACUGAACAACCGUAAUCCCACACAACAAAUAACAAGAUCACUUCCUCAGCUAAGAAAAUAAGGCAAAAGAGAUUCUGAAUCAUAUGCAGAAGAAUGGAGUAUCAAGCUUUUGGCAGGGCCCAGAGACCAAAAGUUGCUAUUAUAAAGCAGGCAUUGAAGGUGAUGCUAGUUUUGGCUGUUGGUUCCUGGAUGUUAUAUCAGAUCAAGCAAUCAAGAAAUGAUAGAGAGAACUAUAGCGAUGAAACCAACCUUGUUGGAGGACAUGGAGCUAAAUUGUUAGGGCGUAAAGGGAUCCUACCACGCGUAUACGAAAUAGAUUUUCCUGACUCGGGAAAUGUAGACUCUGCAGGAGAAGCUAAAGAGUCAAGUAGUGGCAGCGAUGAUGGAUCAGAAUCAUCUGACGGAGCCAAGGAAGAUAAGGCUGAAGCAGAGCUUGUAAAUAUCAAUGAGAAAUUCAGCACGAGAGAAAGAAAAGAAGUGGAACUUGAACCAAAAACUCUACCUGAGGUGUUAUCUGAAAAUCAAUGCAGAGAUUCAUCCAAAACAACAGUCGGAAAGGUUGGUUUAGAAUCAAGGAGUAGUGAGUCAGGUCACAAAAAGCAUGGCAUUGAGAAAUACCCAAAAAGAUCAAAAGUAAACGAUUCUAAAAGUAAUGGCAUAGAAAAAGAAGUACAACUCAGGAAACAGCUAUAUGAUGAGCAUGUUAGACAGAAUGCCACAUUAGAUUUCUCAGAAAAGGAGAAUGAUGGAGAUGAAGGACCAAAAAUAAGAGAAAAGGAAACCGGGAUACAUAAAAAUGUGGUGGAGGGUGCCACGAAUGCUGAAUUGACAGAGGAAAUAGACGAGGUCCAAAGCUUUCAUGAUGAAAAUGGUGCCCCACCUGAUGUUAAUGAAACUGAGAUAGUGGUAUUUGGUCGGGCACACAUUGUGCAUGAAGAAAAUCUGUCAAAUGUUAGUAAAGGAAGUUGGCUAAGAAAACACAUUUAUGAGGUCACACACGUAGAAGAUAACACCGUUGAAGUGAAUCCGGAAACAUCAAAGAACGAUGCUGAUGAAGAAACUAAUGCAGGAAAUAUUAGUGCUCAUUACGAUACUUCAGGCAUCAAACACAUUUCAGAAAUCGGUGAAGCAGAUAGCUAGUUGGUUUAAUGAGAUUAUGUUUCUCAUCUUUGUAAACCAUAGUUCAUAGAUGCCACUUUUCAUUAGUGAAAAAAAAUAAAAUACAGAGCUGUAAGGGGUGAGUUUCUAGGCUAUAGAGUUUUUUUAAUUCAUGACUAUGUAUGAUGUAAUUAUACAUAGGGAAUUGUAACAUUUUAGAUCACUAGCUGCUGAAUUUGGCCAAGGACCUCGAGGUUUCAUUUAGAUAUGCAGCUUUGUUUUCGUUGGAUUUGAAAAACUGUAUAGGCCAAAAUAACUGUAAUUGUUGUGAAUGAUACAUUUUUGUUUUGCAGCUA